AUGGACCCUUUACAGCAGCAGCAGCCACCUCCGGUGGAGGUGGCCCAACAGGCCUACCGGGCCCAUACGGCCCACGGGUCGGUCGGGCCCGUUAUCGGGGUCUUGGCGCUGGUCCUGAUGCUUGGGGCCGUGGCCGUGAUGGUCGGGCGGCUCUGUUCGGGUCGGGGCAUAAGGGGCCACGCAAAGUACGAUUUCGAAGGCUGGGUCGAGACCAAAUGCGCCUCCUGUAUCGACGGACGGGUCGAUCCGAUUCCGCCGCCGAGUCGGGUCGUGGUGGAGCACCGGGUCGGAAGGGCCUCCGGCGAGGGCGGGGGAAGGGCGGCGCCGCCGCCGGAGGAGAGAGGCGGUGAGGAGCCGCCGUCAGCAUGA